CAACUAUUGCUUCACAUUGUGGCCUUGUACUAUUGGUGGAUAAUAUAUACUACUAUGUGAAUUAUUUUAAGCCCUACCCAUGUCGAUCAUAAUUACGUCGAGUGAAAGACAAGGAGGCAUUCUUGGAACCUUCGCAAACUUUCUGUGGAAUACCAAGGGAGUCGAAACGUCUGACUCUGGGUUGUCUUCCGGCGAUUCGGUUCCGCCACGACAGCAUCAAGAUGAGAACAAAGACAAAGAGACCGACGACACCGAGAAUAGAGAGGAACAAAAAGAAGAGAAUGGUAAUAUUGUUGGAGACGCAGUCCCGAGUUCAGAUCCUAUCCCAGAAACAGAAGCAAAGACAAAAUAUGAGGCUCUGCAUCUUCUCUGGGAAGAGUUACCGCAAGAAAGUAAUGCUGAUGAUCAGGCUACUACCGAACCUCGACUCAUAGACUUCGUAAUUAUACCUGGAGUCUAUGGAAAAUCGGCCGACGAAGAUCUUGGACCGAGCCCUGGAUCUGGAAGCUCAGCUUGGGUGACCAAAUUUGCCGAGGAAGGCUGGGAGAAACCCAAGAGCCCUCAAAACAGCUGCCGUGUCUUCCGCUUCAACUACAACUCCUCUGAACUCUUCUCUGGUCAUAGAUCUCGAGAGGCUAUCCACCGGGUUGCAUUGAGUUUAUUAAAUGGCUUGCGAUCAAAGCGUUGUAGCGAAACGAAGAAGCGUCUCAUAUACUUCAUCAGCCAAGAUAUCGGAGGUACUAUUGUUAAAGAUGCUCUUGUCACAGCUUCCCUUGAUAGGGACUCAUGGCAAGACAUAUCAGAGAUGACACGAGUUUUGAUCUUCAAUGGAUGUCCACACCGCCAAAGAGACAUAGCUGAUUUGGAAACAAGACUGGCUAGCUUUCUCUAUGAGAACUACAGUAAAGACUUCGGAAAGCCUCGGCCUUCAACUGCCUCAAUAUCAGGACUUACUAAAGCCAUCAUUCAAGUGAAUGGUCUCUUUAUAGCCUCGCAUGUCGCAUUGCGCAGCUGGAUCAUUAAUAUGCACUCCUAUGGAGAGAAGAGCACUGGAGGUUUUGACGCGUAUUGUGCGACGCUGGGUAUCCCAUUGGAGAAAAGACUGCCAGCACCGACUGGGACGGACUAUUCUCCUCUUACCCAGCACCUCGCAAAAAUUGAGCCAGAUAUCCGAGAGCCGAAAGAAUCAAUCGGACCAACACAGUAUGCCCAAGAAAGAAAGCUACUGGCUCUGGCAUCUCCAAUAUAUCCACUUCGAAAUAAGGUAGAGCCCAAUCCAUUGGCUGAUCUACCAGACUACCAGGCUUGGCUGAACAGUCCUUGUCCUCAAAUACUCUAUCUCCAUGGAAGCCAUCAGGUUAGAGAUGUGGCUGAGAGUGUAUUCUACUCCCUUGAAGACGAAACAACAAAACUCAAACGCCGCGCAAACGUUCUCUACUUUUCUUUCGAUAGAUUCGACGUGCGUGCUGAUAGUAUUCGGGACAUGAUCGCCACCUUUUUGGCUCAGAUUUGCAACCAUCACCCGAAACUGGGACCUGCUAUCAAUCGACUCUGCUGCCAGAUCGAAAAUGAGCGUGGAUGGACUGAGACAGAAUUGAUUCAGUUCUUUGAGAUGUUCAGAAUCUCAGCCGAGGUUGAACAGACGAUGAUUGUUAUCAACCACUUUGAUGAGUGCACAAAGGGCUCACGAAAAAGGUUUCUGGAUCACAUCACUGACAAGUAUUACAACGAUGAGACUCCUUGGAAAAUUGUGGUAACGAGUCAUGAGCCGGGUGCCUUGAACGAGGAACUAUCGGGUCCUUUUUGUGUCCCUAUUGAUAUAUCGUCUGGGGAGUUGGGAGACCUCGCUGUAAACAGUUUUGAAAGCGAUAUUCAAGCACUGAUAAGGUCACGAGGAGACCUAACCUUCAGAGAAAAGCAGAUUCGUGACGAGCUACGCUUCACUGAGAAGCUAGAUCCUCCAGUGCGUCACAUCAUCAUUGAGCGGCUCAGGGUACGGGAAGAAUGGCCAGACGAGAUAUCAACUGAUGACGCCCUUCGCUUAUUAAGCCUUUCUCAACAAGGGGAGGAGAGUGGCGAGACUAUGGUCUCUGUGUUGAAUGCUGUGCUCAGGCAAUACCCCGACCAGAACUCUCUUGAGUGUAUUCUCUCCUGGCUCCUAUAUGCUGUCAGACCACUCACUAUUUGGGAACUUGCGACUAUUGUUUCGUUCUCAGAUGAGAAAGAACAAACUAAAGUCUCUCCAAGCUUCAUGGCUGUGGACAGACUUGUUGAGAAGGUUGAGAAGGACUUUGCUGGUAUUCUCGAGGUGGAUCAUAACGAGGUCAGAUUCCAGCAUCCUUGCUUGCAUGAAAUCAUGGUCAACGGCGACCCGUCAACCCAAAAUGCAGAAGAGAACGAUUAUCCUUGGAAUAAGAUCAAAGGCAAAGCUCAUAUUCUCAUACAAAGCAUGUGCCUGGAUUACUUAUCUAGGGAUACUGUUCAAGAGUAUGUCAGAGAGACAUUCUCAGUCGCAGACUCAGCAACCUUCGAGACACCGCCUUUCCCAGACCGCACAAAUCUUGCCUCAUAUGCUAUUCAAGCAUGGGCACAUCACUACUCUCUCAGCUCCCCUAUUCCAGAUAUAUCUGCUUUGUCAUCGAAGAAGGACCUAGUUCAGACCCUCGCAAAGGCCCAGUGGCGCUUGGAUAAUCCUGCCACCAGACGUUCCCCUUGCUUUCAAUCCCUAUUUCCAAUCUUUGCUGGACUUGGCCUCCCCAACGUAGCGGAGCCCUUGGGUAGUGACGAUGCUUUACGAGGUCUCAUCGAAGCUGCAAGCAAGGGACAGAAACAAGUUGUUGAAGAUCUCCUUGGUGAAUACGACUUUACGCCGACUGAGAAAUGGGAAGUUCUCAAGGCCGCGAGUUCCUCUGGUAGUGAAGAGCUGAUGAAUGCCUUGCUCGACAAGAUAGAGGCCAAGGGCAAGAUACCCAAAGACUUUGAGUGGCCACCUGUUUUGAUCUAUCGGGCUGCAAAUCUGAGCCUAGAAGCUUUUGCAGAAAGGAUUCUCAGUCUUGGAUGUCCUCCAGAUCCAGAUGUUGACUGGAGAAACGAGACAUCCAUGCAAGCUUCUCCUCUCUAUCUAGCCGCCUGUCAUGGAUAUACGAACACUGUUCGAGUUCUGCUGAAGCAUGGCGCCAGAAUGGAAUACACAAGUCUGUCUGGAAGAAAUCCACUUCACAAGGCUGCCCUCGAAGGUCAUACCGAGACUGUCAAAGCCAUCUUGGAGGAGUCGCAAAUCAACAUUGACUGUACUUCUGAGUCAAAGUUCACUCCCUUGUAUCUCGCAGUCCUUGGGGGUAACCACGAUACAGUGAAACUAUUGUUGGAGAAAGGUGCAGACCCGAACAUGGGCAUCCCAGAUACCUACACUGGCGAUGAUCAGUGGACUCCUUUGCUUGCGGCCACUGAUGAUGGCUUCAAGAAGUGCAUCAGACUGCUUUUAGACAACGGGGCUAAUCCAAACCUGCCAGGGCCAUCUGGUCCUCCGCUACACUGGGCAGUUAUUCGUGGCCGGGUCGAUGUUCUGGACAUGCUACUUGAGGCUGGUGCAGACCCUCGGAGUGAGCUACUCAAGAAACCUCUUUUAUUCUCAGCUGUGGGCGCUGAACUCGAAGGAGCUGGCCUGCCUAUGCUGGAAAGGCUUUUAGAGCUCAACCUGGAUGUGAAUGGCGAAGACAUUGAUGGAGUUACAGCACUCCUCGUCGCCUUAUUCUCCUACCCACGGCAAGAUUUCGAGGCCACUUCUUUAGGCCCUACAGAUGUCCGAAGAGACGACGCUGUCAAGAUGCUUCUGGACCAUGGAGCCGAUCCCAAUAAUCGACCGUCCGGUGGUCUCUCGCCACUGAUGCGCUCUGUUGCUUUUAAACAGUAUAAAGCAACUGAGAUGUUACUAGAAGCAGGCGCAGAUCCCAACAAAAAACUAUUAGAGAGACUGUCACCUCUUAUAUCUGCCGUGUAUAUACCAAGCCUUACACGACUUCUGCUCAAGCAUGGUGCACGCCCAGAAAUAGGUUCCAAAGAUGGAUGGACGAACCUGACAUAUUCUGCAUGCAGGGGAUAUAACGAAACUGUCAAAGUGCUUCUCGAGUAUGGUGCAUCGGUUGAUACUCCGUUUGGCGCUCCUAUAGAGUACCCUGAACGCACUGGCACCUCUUUGGAGUUAUGUGAGAAAUCUGAACUCACUCGAAUGACCGCCGUUAUGUUUGCUGCAUGGCAAGGACAUCAUGAAAUAGUUCGCGUUCUGGCCGAAGCAGGAGCUGAUUUGCAACGCACAGGUGGAAUUUUUGAAGAUGAACCUCCUAUACUCUUUAGUUCAGGCAAAACGUUAUCGGCGCUGCUAGAAUUCCCCACGAGGAUCAAUUUGAACGUUACCGACAGCAUGCAAAAGGGAGCUCUGCACAGACGACGUACUACUCUUGACGACAUGCGACGAAUUAUUAACGCUGGAGCGGAUAUUGAGCUGACUGAUUCCACUGGGAACACACCUCUGGGAGUGUUUGCCGGCUCUGAUUUGAAAAAAGUCAAGUUGCUGGUCAGACGAGGGGCAAAUGUCAACCACAUGUCUCCGUGGGAGGGCUCACCUUUACACCAAGCUUGCAAAGUGGGAUUCUUUGACUCGAUCAAGUUUCUCAUUGAGAAUGGCGCAGACCUUACUUCAGUGCAUCCGUACGAUGGCACACCAUUGCAAACCUUAUGCGCCCCCCAGGCAACGAUUGAUGCACUACAGCAUGAAGAGAUGGUGAGAUAUCUUGUGUCCGAAUAUAAGAAGCAAGACGUGGAUAUUACAACAGACAGUGGAAUCUUUGGCUAUCUUAUCAAUGCAGCAGCUUUUGGGAGCUCACCAUCUAUUAUCAACUUUAUCCUUGAGCAAGAAGGGAUCAACGUUGACGUUAAGGAUGACAUGGGUCGCAUGCCAAUUCAUCUUGCAGCAUGUAACGGAUUACCUAGUUUCAAUGCUAUCCUAGAGAGAGGUGGUGAUAUUCACGCAAAGGACAAACAGGGACGUACGCCGUUGCACUGGGCUGCUCAAGCAGGUAGACUGCAAGUUGUGAGGAAGAUUAUUGCUCUCAUGGAAGACAAGCUGGACAUCGACAUCAUAGAUGUUGACGGUUGGACACCUCUUUGCUGGGCUCUUCGUGGUGCUUUACUAUUGACCCAGAAAGAAAGCUUAGGAGAGCCGUCACUGCGUCUAGAUGUUGUGAAGCUUCUCAUUGAGAAAGGGGCCAAAACAGCUGUGGCUGUAAGCUACAAAGAGGAAACAUGGACCCCUCAGAGUAUUGCUAGCUAUCACAGCAGUGAUGCAGAGAUCAUAUCUCUGCUCGAAAAGGACAUUGGAACAACAGAUAUAGACGGAACUCAAACUACUGAGAAGGAUGGUGCGGAAAGCAAAGGGCAGACUCCGAUGAAGAAAGGAGUUCGGCAAGAUUCUGCUUUCUGCGAUUAUUGUUUAUCACAAAUCUAUGGGUUGUACUGGGGCUGUGAGACUUGUGAAUGGUUCUGCCUUUGUUUCAAGUGCUAUCAGCACGCUGACACGCUGCAUCCGGCGCAUUCCAGCUUUGAACAAAGGGGCGAAGAAGAGCUUGAGGAAGGUGAAGGUGAGGCUUCUACAACAGCAAACUCUGGCUCAUCGGACACGCAGUCGAAAUCUGGGUCAGAUUCUGGAGGGUCUGAGGAUGGGAAUGAAGAGGAUGGUUGA